AUGGUUAUUAGCGAUAGUUCACAAAUAAGUAUUUCUAUUAGAAAUGCUGUUCAUCAUUUAAAACAACUCGGUGAAUCAUUUCAAAUAAAUAUAUUUACUGAAACGGAUUUAAAUAAUAUCGAUUAUGUUGCUGAUACACUUAUGGCAUUGGAAAAAGAAAUUAUAAAAUUAUAUGUCGAUUAUGAAACAGAAUCGAUUGAAUCGAGUCGACUUCGUCAUCGAUUAAAAAUUUUGCCAACUACAAUUAAAAAUGAAAUUCAAGCGGCUGUUAAUAUGGCAAGAGAAUCUAAUGUAAGUGUUAUUCAAACAUUACAAAAAGAACUCGAUACACAUCUUGAAAAAGUACGUGAAUAUACUGAUCAAGAUAAACAAUUGACUGCUGCUAUCAAUGGAUUACAAGCAGAGAAAAAUGCAUUACAACAACAAUAUGAUACGACAAUUACUGAAGUUAACCAACGUGUAUCUGAUAAAGCAACGUUACAAAUUACUUUAAAUGAAACCAGAGAUACUGUUCGAGAAACAAAUCAACAUGUAAGUUAUGAUCAUUGA